CUCAGUAUUCCGGAAAAUGGCUCUUACUGCUGGAAUUGACCUUGCGACAAUAUGCUGAGUGUUAGCUAUGAGAAACUUCCGCAACGCUCAGGGCGCCCCUAGCCCACGGGCGCCAUGGACGACGAAGAGGACGUUUCGGCGCCGUCCUUCCUGCACAAGCCGACGCUUCGCGAGGAGGACGAUGGCAACCGGCUGGUAUUCGAAUGCCAGAUGCGGUCGCAUCCGCGGCCCGAGAUAUCCUGGUUCCGCGGCGACGUGCAACUGCACGACGACCACCGCACGGCGAUCCGCGUGAUCGAGAUCGAGCCGCGCAAGUACCACGUGUCGCUGGAGCUCAAUGACGUCAUCGAGUCGGACGGGGGUCUCUACAAGGUUUUCGCCAAGAACCGCGAGGGACAGGUUGACUCCUCCAUCAACCUCAACUUCAGCCCCGCUGACGAGCCAAUGGACCAGCAAAUCGACGGCAUCGCGCCGACGUUUGCUAAAAAGCCCACAAUACGGCAGGAGGACGAUGGCGAGCGUCUCCUCUUCGAGGCACGGAUCCUGGCGGACCCGGAGCCAACUGUCUGCUGGUUUCAUAACGGCACUCCCGUGGUUCCAAAGGGCCGCUUCCAGGUGCACAUGGACAAGGAUGGAAAUUCCUACCAUGUGACACUGCAAAUAGAUGAUGUCACCAUUGAGGAUGCCGGCAAAUACAAAGUCACUGCCAAGAACGAACUUGGGGAAGGCAAUGCCAACAUCAGCCUAAACUUUGACAGUGAUGAUCUUCCAGAUGAAGGGGCAAAGCCAACAUUCACUGAAAAACCGACCAUCCGGCAAUCCGACGAUGGAAACAAAAUAAUCUUUGAGUGUCAGUGUGUAGCAGACCCAACACCAGCCAUUGAAUGGUAUCACAAAGGUACCCUGGUGAAGGAAGAUGCUCGGCACAAGUACAGAAUUGUGUCUGACAAGCACAACCACACAGUUGCAUUGGAGGUGGCCAAUGUCAAAGCCGAGGACGGCGGCGAGUACCGGGUUCUCGCUCGAAAUGACCACGGAGAAGGUCACGCCAACAUUACCCUCAACUUCGAAGACUCUGGAAAACCAAAGAUUCCAGAGGGCAAGGCACCACGGUUUCCUAAGAAGCCUACCAUUCGCCAAGAAGGCGACUCCCUCAUCCUUGAAUGCAUCCUCGAAGCUCACCCUUUCCCAGAGAUCUCCUGGUUUCUAGGGAAUAAGAAGAUUAAUGAUGGCCUGCGACACAGGACAUCCAAGAAGGAGACUGUGAAGCACACAUACCUGCUCAGCUUAGAGAUUAGGGACCCGACGACAGAAGAUGGCGGCAACUACCGCUGUAAUGCUGUAAAUGACCUCGGAGAUAGCAAUGCCAACAUUACACUAAACCUUCAAGGUGCAGAACCACCCAAGCCACCGGGCGAGCCCCCAGUUUUCACAGAGAAGCCAAAAAUCAUUCCAAAGGACUCCGGCGCGGUGAUCAUCAUGGAGUGCCACGUAAAAUCCAAGACUGCCCCCCAGUUCACGUGGCUCCAUGCUGGCAACCCUGUCCGCGAAGCCCCCCACAUAAAGUCAAAGAUGGUCAAGGACGGUGGCGAGUUCAUCAUCACCCUAGAGAUCACGGGUCCCGGAAAGGAAGACGGAGGUCCGUACAAGUGCAACAUUAAAAAUGAAGACGGAGAAAUAAAUGCAAAUCUCAACCUCAACAUUGCUGGUGCUGCUGCACCGACUGGAGUGGCGCCAUCAUUUGUGGAGAAGCCACAGAUCACAGCCGAGGAGGAAGGCAAGCUGAUCAUCAUGGAGUGCAAGGUGCGUGCUGACCCCAAGCCAACCAUCACCUGGUUGAAGGAGGGCAUCUCUGUCGCCGACAACAAGCGCAUCAAGCAGAUCAUCAACCAGGACAAAGAUGUCUACCACAUUCGGCUGGAACUUCGCGAUCCUGAGUUUUCGGAUGCUGGGAUCUACAAGUGCAAUGUUAAGAAUGAAGCAGGCGAGAGCAAUGCAAACCUGACUCUCAACAUUGAGUUGGCUCCCGUGAUCAAGGAGCGCCCCAAAGUGGUUCGGCGGGAGCUGCACAAGACGAUCAUCAUCGAAUGCCAUGUCCAGUCUACCAACAAGCCUGAGGUGGUCUGGUUCAAGGAGAACACACAGGUGCGCGAGGACACGCGCCACCAGGUGCACAUCCGCCAGGUGUCCCAGGGUGAGUUUGCGGUGGCACUGGAAAUCGACAAGCCGGCUGCUCAAGACAAGGGCGUCUACAAGCUGGUUGCUAAGAACGUCAAGGGCGAGGCUGCAUCUCAGACAGUUGCUGUCGAUCUCGAAGAGGAAAAGAAAGAGCCUGAAAAGAAAGAACCUGAGAAGAAAAAAGAAGAGCCAAAGCCCAAGGGCGAGAAGCCAAAGAUUGUGCAGAUGCUGGCUUCCCAGACUGUUGAAGAAGGCAAGACCUGUGAAUUCGUCUGCCGUGUUGAAUCUGUCACCAAGGUCACAGUCAUGUGGAUGAAGAACAAGAGGGUUGUCCGUGAGACAACCACCACACGCAUCACGUUUGAUGGCUCCACUGCCAAGCUAGUGUUCUCUCCAGCUACCAAGGACAUGGCUGGAAACUACACAGUCGAGUUCACAAAUGAGUUUGGCAAGGAAGAGUCCUCAGCUGAGCUCAUUGUCACAGAUGCUCCGAAAAAGAAACCAGAAGAGAAAAAACCCGAAGAAAAGAAGCCAGAAGAAAAGAAGCCUGAGCCAAAGAAGGUUGAAGAGAAGAAGGUUGAGGAGAAGAAGAAAGUGGAAGAAGUCAAGGUUGAGGAGAAAGCCGAGGUCAAGAAAGUUGAGGAGAAAAAGGUUGAAGCUAAGAAGCCCGCUGAAAAGAAGGCUGCAGAGAAAAAAGCCGAGGAGAAGAAACCAGAUGAGCUGAAGCCAGAGACCAUUGAGAGGAAGCCCUCGAUUGAGAAGCCAUCGAAGCUUGAAGCCGACAAAAAGACACUUCCAGAGCGCAGAACGAGUCUCGACCGCCAGCGAAAUGGCGAGGUCACAGCACUGACAAAGGAUGAAAUCAUUCGCGAGCCAUCACCUGUAGAAGAGUGCCGGCCAUCCAUCAGCAAAAGACGUCCUAGUGACAAGAUAGAACCCCUGGCUCCCCGAAGAGAUGAAACUCCUAAGUCACCUACCAUGCCUGCACCAGAGCAGAUCAUUCCUCCUACACCUCCACCAGCCACUCCUAAGAAGAGGGACAGCAUUCCACCACCUCUUAACCUGGCACCUGAAGUGCCUUCUGACACGGAGUCUGUGACCUCUUCACCUUCUCAGUCACCACGAUCAAAGACAUCCCCGAGGACAGUGAUGGGUUUCCAUCUUCAAGGCCCUCCAGAAGACGAAGAUGUCGAACAGGAUUUUGGCGAACCUCUGGUGUUCCAGUUCAAAGAGAACCGGUAUGAACCUGUGCCCUUGGAAGGUCUACAAUCUCCCCCAGCUCGAAAGUCAUCAGUGCCAGUGAUCACGGUAGAUGACACUGAAGCAUCUAAAAAACCCAAAAAGAAAAGGAGUGUGAAGAAAGACAAAGAUGAAGAAGAGUCCAAGGAAGAGGCUCCAAAACCCAAACCAAAAAUGCGGCCAGUUAAACGUGCUGGCUCUCCAGAAAAGACACCAGAACCGCCGCCAUCACCGAGGGGACGACGGAGCUCUAUAUGCGUUGCAGCUGAGCCAGGCCACAUUCCAGCAGAGCUUGUAGGUCUGCCACAAACUGCAACUGUCACAAUCCAGGGAGUCGUCAUGACUGUAGAAGAUGCUGAAAAGAUGCUUGAGAAAGGAAUGGUUGUCGACGAGGCUGGCAAAAUGAAGAAACUUCGGCCUGGUGAAAUGGUUGAAGUCAGGCAGCGGCGCCGUUCCAGUAUUGACAUGCGACGGGCCAGUGUCUCAGAGCUGCAAGAAAAGGUUGAAAAGCCAUCCACGCCUCUGCGACCUAUUCCUGAAACUGAAGAAGGACCACCCAACAUUGUGGACUACCAGGAGAAUGUCACAGCUGUUGAAGGCGGUACUGCCUACCUGUCGGUUCAGGUGGAGGGCAACCCUGUGCCUCAAUUUCGCUUCUACAAGGGUGUGGGCGAGGUGUAUGAGGGGGGCCGCUACAAGGUGAUCACGGAUGGCGAGACGAACACUGUGUGCUUCUGCAUCCGCAAGGCCAAGAGUAUUGAUGAGGGCAAAUAUAAGAUAGUUGCCUACAACAAACAUGGCGAGGACUCUGUCACCAUGAGUCUGUUUGUGAGUGAUGAAAGUGGCAUGGAUUUCCGUGCAAUGCUCAAACACAGGCAAUAUGCCAAAUGGGGUAUGGGCAAAGGUGACCCAGACUGGCAACUCAAGCAACGAGAAGAGGAGAAAGAGCAAAUUGGCCUUCGCAAGCCGAAACCAGACGCAUUCCUCCAGCCACUGGAGAAUGUGCAUGUUAAGGAAGGCCGGGACAAGCUAGCCCGUUUCCAGGCCGUGUUUUCAAAGAGUGGUGUGAAGGGCAAGUGGUUCCGCAACCGCCAGGAAAUCUUCAUGGGCAAGAAGUACCACAUGACGAGCCAGGGAGACCUGCACGUCCUCGAGGUCAUGAACCCAACAGUGGAAGAUGGAGGACGAUACACCCUCACCUGCCUUGACACUAGCUGCCAGGCACUGCUGGAAGUGGAUGAUCCAGACCCUGUGUACAAAUUUGUGAAGAAGCUGCCUUCAAAGUCGCAGCAGUAUACCACCAAGGAACUGGUGCUUGAAUGUACCACCAACAGCCACAAGGCCCCCGUGCAGUGGCUCAAGGAUGACAAGAAGAUAGCUGCAAGUGACAAGUACAUAAUUGAGCAGGACCAAUUCGGCAAGAAGAUACUGCGUGUCCAAAACUGCACUUUGGAUGACACUGGUCUAUACACCUGCAAGAUCAGCUCAGAAGAGAAGACUACAUGCAAGGUCACCAUUACAGAACAAAAGUUCCAGUUCAUGAAGGGCCUGAAAAGCUUCAAAAUCUUUGAGGAUGACUCUGUCACACUCGAAUGUGAAGUGGACGAGUGGGAGGCCCCCGUGCAAUGGUUCAAGGACGGCAAGGAGAUUAAGGGUGACAAGCACUACGAAGUGACUGCAGAAGGUCGUAAACGCCGCAUCAACAUCAAAAAGGCCAAGAUUACUGACGAAGGCCAGUACGUUUGCAAGACAAACUCGGAUGAGACAAGCGGAGAGCUUCUUGUAGAACCGGCCAACAAGUUCAACAAGAAGCUAAAAGAUGUGGAUGCUCUAGAACGAGAGCAAGCCAUCCUGGAGGUUGACCUUCUCGACAGGUAUGCUCCACUCAAGUGGUUUAAGAAUGGCGAGGAAAUCAAGCCAAGUGACAGGAUAAGCAUUAAGCAGCUUGAAGAUGGUCGCCACCAACUGAUCAUUAACAAAUGUGAGCUUGAUGAUACGGGCGAAUAUUCAAUUGAGUGCAAGGACCUCAAGUGUGCCUGCAAGCUAAGCGUGACUGAAGCUGAAAAAGCUCCAGUCAUUAAGCUGGACAAAACAGACUACACCGGAGACACUGGAAAGCCACUUACUAUAGAGAUCCCAUACAGCGUGACUGGUGUGAGAACGUCAGAUGUUGUUGGCAAGUUGCUGCGUAAUGGACAGCCGGUCUCCACCAAGGAAGUUGAUGUUGUUGUGAAAAAUGACAUGGUCCUCGUGACCUUCAGGAAGCCUGUUCGAGAGACUUCUGGUCCCUACGAGUUUUCUUUGAGUAACUCACAAGGAGAGGCAAAGCUACCACUCAACAUCAACAUUCUGGACGUGCCUCAACCACCUGAAGGUCCUCUUGAGGUCACUGACAUCUACAGGGAUCGCUGCAAGCUCAAAUGGAAGCCGCCAAAGGACACAGGUGGUGUCCCACUGCAGCACUAUGUGGUGGAAAGGCAAGACCUUGGUGUCAGGGGAGGCUGGACUGAAGUCCUCACUACUGAGGACACUCAUGCCGAUAUUACUGACCUGACACCUAAGAAGGAGUACAAGUUCAGGGUGCGCGCUGUGAACAAAAAGGGUGCAUCAGAGCCACUCAAUGCUGACAGAACAACCUUGGCCAAGGAUCCAUAUGAUGAACCUUCCAAGCCAGGAAAUGUUGAGGUCACUGACUGGGAUGCAGACAGGGUUGAUCUCAAAUGGCAGAAGCCUGAAAAGGAUGGUGGUGCACCCAUCGAGGGAUACAUCAUUGAGUACAAGGACAAGUUUUCCAGGGACUGGGUUCCUGCUGCUAAAAUUCCUGCUGACAAAACUGAAGGCAGAGUGUCGGACUUAAAAGAAGGCGUCCAGUACGAAUUUCGUGUACGUGCUGUUAACAAGGCUGGACCUGGUGAACCCAGUGACCCCACGAAACCAAUUAUCUGCAAGCCAAGGUUUGUGAAGCCAUUCAUAUUGGGCGAUGGAUUGAAAAACCUGACCAUCAAACGAGGUGCCAUGAUCAAGUAUGAGAUUGAGUUCAAAGGUGAACCUCCACCGGAAGUGACCUGGGAGCGCAACAGCACCCAGCUGAAGGCCACUGACAGGCAAGUAACAUUAACUACCAUUGAAAUCAAGGACACGUCAACAACCUUCACAACGAAGAAUGCUGUGCGUGCUGACAGUGGCCGAUACACGCUCAAGUUGACCAACAGCAGUGGAACAGUCUUCUCUGAGGCAGAAGUUGUUGUUCUAGACAAGCCUGCCAUGCCUGGAGGUCCGCUGAAACCAGAGAAAGUCCGUGCGGACCACGUUGAACUUUCGUGGAAACCACCUCCCGAUACGGGUGGCCAGGACCUGAAGGGCUAUGUCUUGGAAAAAAUGGACACAGACACUGGGCGUUGGGUGCCAGCAGGAGAGGUGGGCCCCAAAGAGACUAAAGCUCGCAUUGAUGGCCUCCAAAAGGGCAAGAAGUACAAAUUCCGUGUCAAAGCUGUCAACAAGGAAGGCGAAUCUGAGCCCUUGGAGACGGGAGACGACAUUGUGGCCAAGAACCCCUAUGAUGAACCUGGCAAGCCAAGCAAGCCAGAGAUUGUGGACUAUGACAACACAAAGGUGGACCUCAAGUGGGACAAACCGACCAACGAUGGUGGGCGCCCCAUCCUGCACUACAUUGUGGAGAAGAAGGAGAAGCACAGCUCUGACUGGGUGGAGGCCCUCAAGACACCCGGUGACAAGUGCGAGGCCACCGUGGAUGGCCUCAAGGAGAACUCGGUCAUGCAGUUCCGGGUGCGAGCUGUCAACAAGGCCGGUGUGGGAGAGCCCAGCGAACCCACUGAGAACCACAUUGUCAAGCACCGCAACUUGAAACCUCGCAUUGACCGCACCAACCUGAAGAAUAUUAUCUUGAAGGUGGGAAGGUCUCACACCUUUGAGGUUGACAUCAUUGGUGAGCCACCACCAGAAGUGGUCUGGACGUUUGGUGAAGCUGUGCAAAAGCUCAGCCCUGAUGAGAACACAAUUAUUGAGAACAAAGACUACCAUUCCGACUUUGGUAUAGUCAAAGCCCUUCGCAAGCAGUCUGGGAAGUACACCAUCACUGCUACCAACAGGAAUGGAAAGGACUCCGUUUCGAUCGACAUCACUAUUCUUGGCAAACCAGCCAAACCCGAAGGACCACUGGAGGUCAAGGAUGUCCACAAGGAGGGGUGCAAGCUCAAGUGGAACAAGCCAAAGGAUGACGGUGGCUGUCCACUGCACCAUUAUGAAGUUGAAAAAUUGGACAAGGAGACUGGUCGCUGGACCCGUGUUGGCAAGACAGACAAGCCGGAGAUUGAGGUCACUGGCCUGACCCCCAACAAGGAGUACCUGUUCAGGGUCACUGCUGUCAAUGAUGAGGGUGAAUCCGAACCACUGGAGACACUCCAGGGAACAGUUGCCAAGAACCCAUAUGAUGAGCCAACCAAGCCAGGAACACCCGAGCUGGUUGACUGGGACAACACCAGCGUGGACCUUAAGUGGGAGCCACCAAAGAGUGAUGGUGGCGCCCCGAUUGAGAAGUAUGUUAUAGAGAAGAAGGAUCGCUUCGGCACUGACUGGGAGAAGGCUGCCGAAGUGCCUGGCUCCAAGACAGAGACUAAAGUGGCCGGCCUCAAAGAAAAUACUGAGUUACAGUUCAGGGUGGUGGCUGUCAACAAGGCAGGUCCCAGCGAACCCAGCGAGCCAACACAGAUGCACACUGUCAAGCACAGAAAAUUGAAACCAUACAUUGAUCGCACAAACCUUGACGUCACAAUGGUCAAGAAGGGCAAGCAAAUCCGUCUUGAUGUCAACAUUCGUGGUGAACCACCACCAAAGGUCACUUGGAAGCUGGUGGAAAAGAUAGUUGAGACUAAAGAUAAUGUGGAGGUCAUCAAUGUUGAUUACAACACGAAACUGAACAUCAAUGAUGCUCAACGCAAGGACUCUGGCCUCUACAAGAUCAUUGCUGAAAAUGAGCACGGAAAAGAUGAAGCACAAGUUGAAAUUAUCGUUCUUGCUGCACCUUCAAGACCAGGAGGUCCACUCAAGGUGUCUGACGUGCAUGACAAAGGCUGUAAACUAAAGUGGAACAAGCCAGAAGACGACGGUGGCAAGCCACUUCAAGCAUAUGUCGUGGAAAAAAUGGACACGCAGACAGGCAGCUGGGUGCCCGUGGCACGAGUAGACCCUGACAAGACUGAGUGUCCUGUGACCGGGCUCAUACCUGGAAAGCAGUACCAGUUCCGUGUGAAGGCAGUCAAUGCCGAAGGAGAAUCGGAGCCCUUGGUCACUGAUGGACCAACACUUGCUAAGAACCCAUACGACGAACCAGGCAAGCCAGGAAAACCUGAGAUUGUGGACUGGGACGAGAAGCAUGUCGACCUCAAGUGGGAUGCACCUAAGGAUGAUGGAGGUGCACCCAUCACCGGGUAUGUGGUCGAGAAGAAGGACAGGGUUGGCGGCCACUGGGAGCCCUGCUUGGAGACGAACAGUUCCAAGCCCGAGGCCAAGGUGGAAGGCCUGGUGAAGGGGCAGCAGUACCAGUUCCGCGUGCGGGCCGUCAACAAGGCGGGCCCAGGCGAGCAUAGUGAGCCAACAGGAACACACCUCUGCAAGGAGCGAUUCUUGGCACCAAAGAUUGUGCGGGACAACCUCCAGAACAUCACUGUCCGCGCUGGACACAUUGCCAAGGUUAAUGUGGAAGUCAUAGGCGAACCUCCACCAAAAACAACAUGGCUUUUCAAUGGAAAAGAACUGGAGAAGGGUGAUGUCAUUAAGAUUGAAGAUGAGGAUUAUAAGACAUUCCUGUGUAUAGGCAAGGUGGCCCGCAAGCACUCUGGCAAGUACACCAUCAAAGCUGAGAACUCAUCAGGAAAAGACGAAGAGACCAUAGAGAUCCUCGUCCUCGACAAGCCUUCCAAACCCGAGGGACCACUGGAGGUUACAGAUGUGGACGCUAAGGGAUGCAAGCUGUCAUGGAACAAACCUAAAGAUGACGGUGGCACUCCAAUCGAGGGGUACCAGCUGGAGAAGAUGGAUACCGCAACUGGCCGGUGGGUGCCCUGUGGAAAAGCUGACAAGGAUGCCACUGAAAUGAAGGUGACUGGACUAGAACCAGGCAAGAAGUACCAGUUCCGUGUUAAGGCCAUCAACAAUGAGGGUGAAUCAGAGCCACUCGAGACAGAGCGGUCAACCCUUGCCAAGAACCCAUACGAUGAACCCGGGGCACCAGGUAUGCCAGUCAUCACCGAUUAUGACAAAGACUUCGUGGUGCUCAAGUGGGAUGAGCCAAUCAAGGAUGGGGGUGCGCCCAUCACGGGCUACAUCAUUGAGAAGAAAGACAAGUACAGCCAUGACUGGACACCUGCUGCUGAGGUGGUUGGCAACAAGACUGAGGGCAAGGUUGACAAGCUUCAGGAAGGCGACAAGUAUGAGUUUCGUGUACGAGCUGUUAACAAGGCUGGUCCGGGUGAGCCAAGUGAGGCUACUGCACCUCACCUCAUGAAACACAAGCACUUGAAACCACGCAUUGAUCGAACCAACCUGCGCAACCUGACGAUAAAGGUUGGCCAGGCGGUGAGCUUUGAUGUGGAUAUCAUCGGUGAGCCACCGCCAAAGGUCACGUGGGAGCACGUGGGCAAGGGUGAGGUCAAGUCUGACGAGGUUUAUCAGGUCGACAAUGUGGACUACAACACCAAGUUCAACAUUCUGAGGGCCACCCGCAAAGAGACAGGGGUCUACAAAGUCAAAGCUACCAACGACUCUGGAACAGACGAGGCAGAAGUGGAAAUCAAUGUUCUAGGCAAGCCAGGCAAGCCGAAUGGGCCCUUGGAGGUGUCCGAUGUCCGAAAGGAUGGUUGCUCACUAAGCUGGAAGAAGCCAGACGAUGAUGGAGGCUGUCCAAUUGAGUGCUAUGAGGUGGAGAAGAUGGACGAGGAAACUGGCCGCUGGGUGCCAGCUGGCAAAUCAACAGAACCCAAGCUGGAGGUCAAGAACUUGGUUCCAGGCAAGAAGUACAAGUUCAGAGUGCGUGCUGUGAACAAGGAAGGUGACUCUGAGGAGCUUGAGACGGAAACAAGCACGCUUGCCAAGAAUCCCUUUGAUGAACCUGGCAAACCAGGCCGUCCUGAGCCAACUGACUGGGACAGCGACCACGUGGAUCUCAAGUGGUCGCCGCCAGAGAGCGAUGGAGGCACUCCCAUCACAGCAUACGCAGUCGAGAAACGCAAGAAGGGCACGCACAAGUGGCAGAAGGCCAAGGAAGUGCCUGGUACCAGCAAUGAGGCCACUGUGAGCAACCUGGAAGAAGGGGAGGAGUAUGAGUUCCGUGUGAUUGCCAUCAACAAGGAAGGACCCAGUGAGCCUAGUGACACUUCUCGAUCUGUGGUGGCCAAGCCCAGGAAGUUGGCACCCAAGAUUGACCGCACCAACCUUAAGGAUACGACCAUUAAGAGUGGCCAGGCACUGAAACUUGAUGUGGAUGUCAAGGGCGAACCUUGCCCGAGCAUUGAGUGGUCCUACAAUGGGCAGCCUCUCAAAGCGAACGACAAAAUCAAAAUUGACAUUGAAGACUACCACACCCUGUUCAUCCUGACGGGAGCCAAGCGUGCCCACACUGGAACCUACACAAUCACAGCCAAGAACAUGCAUGGCACUGAUGAGGCAUCCAUUCAGCUCAAAGUGCUCAGCAAGCCAUCCAAGCCCAAGGGCCCCCUGGAGGUUUCAGACGUAACAGCCGAAGGCUGCAAGCUCAAAUGGGACAAGCCUGAAGAUGAUGGUGGCGAGCCUGUGCAGCAGUAUGUGGUGGAAAAAAUGGACACAGACACCGGUCGCUGGGUGCCUGUCAUGACCACCAAAGAACCAGAGGCUGAAGUCAAGGGCCUGAUUCCAGGCAAGGAGUACAAGUUCCGUGUACGUGCUGUCAAUCCAGAGGGUGAAUCUGAACCUCUCGAAACGGAACAGGGCAUUAUUGCCAAGAACCCUUACGACGAGCCAGGCAAACCGGGCAAGCCAACAGCCAAGGACUGGGACAAGCACCAUGUCGACCUCAGCUGGCAGCCUCCCUCAAACGAUGGUGGUGCGCCGGUCACAAGCUACAUUGUAGAAAAGAAGGACAAGUUCAGCACAAAGUGGCAGAAGGCUGCCGAGAUUAUUGGCGACAAAUGCGAAGCUAGGGUGCCUGACCUCAUUGAAGGCAUGGAGUACCAGUUUCGGGUCCGGGCUGUGAACAAGGCUGGCCCUGGUGCCCCCAGUGAUGCAAGUGAUAUGGUCAUCGCUAAGCCACGCUUCUUGGCUCCCAAGAUUGACCGUUCCACACUCAAGGACGUGACCAUCCAUGCCGGUCAGGGUGUCAAGUUCGACGUCAAGGUUAUUGGCGAGCCCCCACCGAAGACUACUUGGUUCCUGGAGAAGACUGAACUGAAGGAUGGAGGCCCAUACUCGAUUGACAAGGAGCCUUACCGUACAAAGUUCACCAUUCACAAUGCAGAACGCAAGGACACUGGGGAGUACAAGCUGGUGGCUGAAAACACCUCUGGAAAGGACGAGGCUACAGUCAAAAUCAUAGUCCUAGACAAACCCACGGCUCCCGAGGGACCUUUGGAAGUGACGGACGUACACGCUGAGGGCUGCAAGCUUAAGUGGAACCCACCAAAGGACGAUGGCGGGCAGCCACUGGAUGGCUAUGUGGUGGAGAAAAUGGACACAGAGACCGGACGUUGGGUGCCAAUUGGUCGGCCCACAAAGCCUGAGAUGGAAGUCAACAACUUGGAGCCAGGCAAGGAGUACAAGUUCCGAGUGCGUGCUGUGAAUCCCGAGGGAGAGUCAGAGCCACUUGAGACGGAGAAGGGCACCAUUGCGAAGAACCCCUAUGAUGCCCCUGGUAAACCAACGGGAGCUGAAGUUACUGACUGGGACAAAGAUCACAUGGACCUCAAGUGGCAGCCACCUCUCAAGGAUGGCGGUGCCCCUAUUGAAAAGUACAUUGUAGAGAAGAAGGAGAAGGACAGCCCCGUCUGGACGAAGGCUGCUGUAGUAGAUGGCAAGUCCUGCGAGGCUCGCGUACCUGACCUCAUCCCCGGUGAAACUUACGAGUUCCGUGUUCGAGCUGUAAAUGCUGCUGGUCCUGGAGAGCCAUCGGAAACCACUAAACCUAUGAUUGCCAAACCCAGAAAAUUGGCUCCCAAGAUUGACCGCCGCAGCCUGAAACCUAUCACCAUCAAAGUUGGACAAGACUUUGAGUUUGAUGUUAAGGUUCAGGGCGAACCACCCCCAAGCAUUAGCUGGAUGCUUGGAACAAAGCCUGUGGCUGAGCGUCCCACACUGAACAUCACAAAUGUUCCCUACAACACGAAACUGACCUGCGACCGUGCUGAAAGGAAGGACAAUGGUGUCUACAAGAUCAUUGCCUCCAACCAGUAUGGAACAGACGAGGCUGAGGUGGAAGUCAACGUCAUUUCCAAGCCCUCGAAACCCGAGGGUCCUUUGGAGGUGUCGGAUGUCACCAAGAAUGGCUGCAAACUGGCCUGGAACAAGCCCAAGGAUGAUGGUGGUGAGCCUAUCACCAAGUACGUGGUGGAGAAACAAGACCCUGAUACGGGUGCAUGGGUUCCUGUUGGUACAAGCCACUCGCCUGAGUUCCAAGUCACAGGGCUCACUCCUGGCAAAGACUACAAGUUCCGUGUCAAAGCUGUCAACAAAGAAGGGGAGUCUGAGCCUCUGGAGACUGACAUUCCCAUCACGGCCAAGGACCCAUAUGAUGCCCCGUCGGCUCCUGGAAAGCCGGAGGCCACGGACUGGAAUAAGGACCAUGUGGACCUCAAGUGGACACCACCAGACAAGGACGGAGGUGCUCCCAUCUCGCAUUAUCUGAUCGAGAAGAAAGAAAAGGGCAGCCCCCGUUGGGAGAAGGCAGCCGAGGUGCCCGGCGACCAGUGCAAGGGAACCGCUCCUUUCUUGGAUGAAGGAAAGGAGUACGAGUUCCGCGUCAUCGCCGUCAACAAGGCUGGUCCUGGAGAGCCCAGUGAAGCCUCCAAGCCCAUUGUGGCUAAGCCAAGAUUCUUGGCACCACGCAUUGACCGCAAGAACCUCCAUGACUUAACCAUCAAGGCUGGACAGCCAAUCAAGUUUGAUGUUAACGUUCAGGGCGAGCCUCCUCCAACCAUCGUCUGGUCUCUAGAUGAUGAGACCAUCAAAUCCACUUCUCAUCGCAACAUUGAAACUGAAGACUAUAAUACCAAGUUGGCUGUGCGGAGGGCUGAACGCAGCGACUCUGGAAAGUACACCAUCACUGCCACAAACAGCUCUGGCAAAGAUGCAGCCACGGUCACUGUCAAUGUUCUGGACGUCCCAGGAAAUCCUGAAGGUCCUCUGGAGGUCUCUGAUGUCCACAAGGAGGGUUGCAAGCUCAAAUGGAAACGACCCAAGGACACUGGAGGCAUGCCACUUGAUGGAUACCUGGUGGAAAAGAUGGACCCUGAAACUGGUGUCUGGGUUCCUGUUGGCAAAACUAAAGAGCCUGGAAUGGAUGUGACUGGUCUCACUCCAGGAAAGGAAUACAAGUUCAGGGUCAAGGCCUUGAACAAAGAAGGAGAGAGUGAGCCUCUUGAGAUGGAUGGAACCAUUGUUGCCAAAAAUCCAUUCGAUGAGCCCGGCAAGCCAGGCAACGUUGAAGCCACAGACUGGGACAAGGACCACGUGGACCUCAAGUGGACUCCGCCGGAGAAGGACGGCGGUGCUCCAGUGGAGAAGUACAUCAUUGAAAAGAAGGACAAGUGGGGCAACUGGGAGAAGGCAGCCGAAGUGCCUGCCACUCAGACAAAGGCCACGGUGGGAGACCUGGCAGCCAACCAGCCGUACGAGUUUCGAGUGAUCGCCGUCAACAAAGCAGGACCAGGCGAGCCCAGUGAUGCUACGCUGCCCAUCAUCACCAAGCCACGCAAGUUGGCGCCCAAGAUUGACCGUACAAACUUGGACAAGGUUCGCGUUAAGGCUGGGCAGAACUUCAACUUUGACGUGAACGUCAUUGGUGAGCCACCGCCGGAGAUCACCUGGACCCUGAAGGGGAAGAAGGUGGUCGCCACGGACCAUGUCAAGCUGACCAACGUGCCUUACAAUACCAAGCUCAAUGUGCGGCAUGCACAGCGUGCUGACAGUGGCACUUACACCAUCACAGCUGUCAACGAGCAUGGGAAGGAUGUUGCUGACGUUGAAGUCAUUGUCCUCGACAAGCCAACACCUCCCGGAGGACCCCUCAAAAUUGAAGAUGUCCAUGCAGAAGGUUGCACACUCAAGUGGAAUCCCCCUGUGGAUGAUGGUGGUGUGCCUGUCGACCACUAUGUUGUUGAGAAGCUUGACCCCAACACAGGCCUGUGGGUCCCAGCUGGUGACACCAUUGGGCCCGAGACUCAGAUGAAGGUAAAGGGAUUGCAGCCUGGCAAGACAUACAAGUUCAGAGUAAAGGCUGCCAACCGCCAGGGCGAGUCUGAACCCCUUGAAGCUGACAAAUCCAUUGUUGCCAAGAAUCCAUUUGACGAGCCUGGUAGUCCUGGCAAACCAGAGAUUGAGGACUACGACAAGGACUUUGUGAAGCUUAAGUGGACACCACCUGAAAACGAUGGAGGAUCACCCAUCACGGGCUACGUUAUUGAGAAGAAGGACAAAUACAAUCCUGACUGGACACCGGUCAUGGAAGUCCCAGCUGAUGAGACUAAUGCAAAGGUUGGUGAUCUCAUCGAGGGCACUCCAUACGAGUUCCGUGUCAGGGCUGUCAACAAGGGCGGCCCAGGAGUUCCCAGCGAGUCCACUGGCCAGCACGUUGCUCGGCCCAAAAACAUGGCUCCGAGGAUUGAUCGCACUGCCCUGCAUGACAUUCGUAUAAAGGUUGGCAAGAGCUUUGAGUUUGAAGUGCCUGUCCUUGGUGAGCCUCCACCAAACAAGAAGUGGUCCAUGGAAGGCAAGAGCCUAGAGGACAACAAGCGCUGGACCAUCUCGCACGAGCCUUACAAGACCAAGCUGGCAGUGCGCAAUGCUGAGCGUGGUGACAGUGGCACGCUCAUUCUGACUGCAACUAAUUCCAAUGGUACAGACACUGCUAAAGUCAAUGUCACAGUUAUGGACGUGCCACAGGCACCACAGAUGAUCAAAAUUGACAAGAUCACCAAGGACAACUGUGAGGUGUCAUGGAAGCCACCCAAGGAUGAUGGUGGUUGCGACAUCUUGCACUAUGUGGUCGAGAAGAAGGACCUGGACUCUGGAAUCUGGACACCUGUUGCCGAAACUAUGGGCACCACAGUGAAAGCUGAACGCUUGGCCAACCAGCACCAGUAUCACUUCCGAGUGAAGGCAGUGAACAAGGAGGGUGACUCACCGUAUGCAACCACUAAGGAUGCCAUCACUGCUAAGAAUCCAUUUGACCAACCCAACAAACCAACACCUCCGGAGGUCACGGAUUGGGAUGCCGACCAUGUUGACCUUGAAUGGCGUGCCCCACGCGAUGGUGGAGCCCCGAUCACAGGAUAUGUUGUGGAAAAACGCAACAAGGGCAGCCCGCUGUGGGAGGAGGCUGCUCGCGUUCCUGGUGAUGCCACCAAGGCCACCGUGCCUCAUCUGAAGGAAGGCGAGGAGUAUGAGUUCCGUAUCGUCGCCAUCAACAAAGCUGGGCCCAGUGAGCCAAGCGACCCGUCGAAGUCGGUUGUUGCCAAGCCACGCAAAUUGGCUCCAUCGCUGGACAAAGCUGCCCUGAAGGACAUCAAAGUACGGGCAGGACGGCCUAUCAACUUCACAGUGCCCAUCAAGGGAGAGCCUGCACCUACCAUCGAGUGGCAAAUCCAUGAUAAGCCGGUGCAUGAUAAACGUGUUGAGGUCACCAACACUGCCAACCAAACACUGCUGGACAUUGCAUCCUCUGUGCGUUCUGACUCUGGCAAAUACACGCUGGUCUUGGAGAACGCCCAUGGCAAGACAUCAGCCUCUGCUAAAGUGACUGUCCUUGAUCGCCCAUCACCUCCAGAGGGACCACUUGGCAUUGCAGAAGUGACCAAGAACUCUGCCACCAUUACAUGGAAGGCCCCUGCAGAUGAUGGCGGCACGCCCAUCAAGCACUAUAUUAUUGAGAAGAUGGACACAUCUCGCGGCACCUGGGUGGAGGCUGGCACCACACCCAACCUCACAUUCAAGGUUCCCAAACUGGUUCACAAGAAGAGCUAUCAGUUCCGUGUGAAGGCUGUCAACGAGAUUGGCGAGUCGGAGCCACUUGAGAAGACCGAGCCCAUCAUUGCUAAGGAUCAGUUUGAGAAAUCAAGCCAGCCAGGCCGUCCCAAGGUGACUGAUUGGGAUAAAGAUCACGUUGACCUGGAAUGGAAGCCGCCCACUGAUGAUGGUGGCUGUCCCGUCAAGAGCUACAUCAUCCAAAAGAAGGAGCGCGGCUCUCCCCUCUGGACAAAGGCAAAGGAGGUUCCAGCAUCACAAACUAAGGCAACUGUGCCAGACCUCAGAGAAAACCAGGACUAUGAGUUCAGGGUCAUUGCGGUCAACGCUGGUGGUGAGAGCGAGCCUUCAGAGCCAUCAGAUCUCAUCACAUGCAAGCCAAGAUUCUUGGCCCCCAAGAUUGUGAGCCCCAUGAAGGAAGUCAAGGUCAAGAUUGGCCAGACACUGCAUGUCGAGAUCAAGUUCAUUGGUGCACCUCCACCAGUUGUCUCAUGGAUGGUGGAUGGCAAGCCACUGAUCUCAGAUGACCGGGUCACCAUCUCCAACUUUGAUGACUACACCAUCAUCAACACUGUCGACACCAAAAGGUCUGAUGGUGGUGCAUACACUUUGCACCUCAAGAAUGAUAGUGGCGAGGACAGUGGAACUUUGCCGGUUGUCAUUCUGGAUAAACCAAAUCCUCCAGAGGGUCCUUUGAAUGUCGACGAAGUUGACAAAGACCAUGUGAAGCUUUCCUGGAAGCCUCCCAAGGACACUGGAGGAAGCGACAUUACGGGCUACGUGAUUGAGAAGCGUGACAAAACCCAUGGUGGCCAAUGGGUGCCUGCAGUUUCAUUUGUGCCACCGACAGCCACUGAAGCAACUGUGCCAAAACUCAUUGAAGGAACUGCAUAUGAGUUCCGAGUUAUGGCUGAGAAUGCACAGGGGUUGUCUGAGCCUCUUACAACAACUCGUCCAGUUGUAGCCAAGAGUCCAUAUGGUACCCCAGGCAAGCCUGGGCAGCCUGAGGCAGUGGAUCAUGAUCGUGACUUCAUCAAAAUCAAAUGGGAGCCACCACGUAAUGACGGAGGUUCACCCAUCACUGGCUAUGACAUCGAGCGGAGAGACACCAAGUCUAAUCGUUGGGUCCGCGUCAACAAGGAACCUGUUCGAACGCCAGAGUAUACGGACAAGGAUGUGACAGAUGGACACCAGUAUGAAUACAGGGUGGUUGCAAAGAAUGCAGCUGGUCCCAGUGAGCCAAGCAUGGCAUCUAAGCCAAUUGCAGCCAAACCAAUGAAAGAGAAGCCAAAGUUGCACCUGGAUGGCCUGUAUGGAAAGGGUAUCCGCGUGCGUGCGGGUGAUCCACUCAACAUCAACAUCCCACUCACGGGUGCCCCAGCACCUGCGGUCACAUGGCUGAUCAAUGACAAGGAGAUCCCACCCACCAACCGUAUUCGUACCGACACUGCAGAUGAGACCGUCAACCUCACCAUCCCAGUGUCGCAGAGAGGUGACACCGGAAAGUACACCAUCAAGGCAAAGAACAUGUAUGGAGAAGAUUCAGCUGACAUUGACGUUCUUGUCUAUGAUAAGCCUGGACCUCCUCAAGGACCACUUGAAUACCCUGAGGUGACUAAUUCGACUGUCGUUCUCAAGUGGAGGAAACCAGAAGACGAUGGUGGAGCAGAGAUCACUGGGUACCUUGUCGAGAAGUGUGAGAUUGGGUCCGACUUCUGGCAACCUGUGCCGGGUUACUGUCCGAACACAACGUACACAGUGCGCAAUCUUGAGGAAGGCAAACAGUACAAGUUCCGUGUUCGUGCGGAGAACAUUUAUGGCAUCAGUGAGCCGCUCGAGGGCAAGCCAGUCACUGCCAAGAACCCAUUCGACACUCCCGAUUCUCCCGGGCAGCCAAAGGUUGACGAGAUUGGACCAACUUCUGCUACCAUUUCUUGGACACCACCAGCCAGCGACGGUGGGCGUCCAAUCCAAGGUUACAUUGUGGAGAAGCGUGAGCGGGGACAUCCUGAAUGGGUCAAGGCAAAUGCCGCACCAACACCUGGCACCCAGUUCACUGUGCCUCACCUCACCGAGGGCAAAACCUAUGAGUUUAGGGUGACGGCUGUCAACGAAGGCGGCCCCGGAAAACCAAGCAAGCCAAGUGCUGCCGUUGUGGCCAAGGAGCCCAAGUUUGCUCCCAGUGCUCCAGAUACACCACGUGUAGACAAGGUCACCAAGAACUCAGUCACGCUGUCCUGGAACAAACCAACAAACGAUGGUGGCAGCAAGGUGAAGGGCUACAUUGUUGAGAAGAAGCCUAAGGAUGCCAAAGACUGGACACCAGUGAACAUACUGCCACACCCGGACACCACUUUCACGGUGCCUAACCUGGAUGAGGGACAAGAGUAUGAGUUCCGUGUGGUAGCCAUCAACGACAUCGGCGAGAGCCCACCGAGCAAACCCACUGGUCUUGUGCUUGUAGAGGAGCAGCCAGACAAGCCGAGGAUCAAUGCUGGUGCUGUGAAGGACAUCGUUGUGAAGGCUGGCCAGGACUUCAGUAUCAAUGUGCCAUUCACUGGCUUCCCCAAACCAGAAGCUAUCUGGUCAAAGAAUGACAUUGACCUUGAUGACAAGGAGCCUAGACGGACUUACAAGGUGUCAGAGGAGAAUGCCAGCCUGACCGUCACCAAGGCCAAGAGAGAUGACACUGGCCAGUACAAGCUGUUCCUCAAGAACAAGCAUGGAUUCGACACUGUCUACUGUAAAGUCACUGUGCUAGAUCGUCCAGCACCACCAGAAAACCUGCGUGGUGAAGAGGUGGACGGUGACUCCUUGACGUUGCGCUGGCUGCCACCGAAGGAUGAUGGUGGAGCGGAAAUCACCAACUAUGUUGUGGAGAAGCAGGAGGAGGGCACGAAGUCUUGGCACCGGAUUGGCACCUACGUUGUGGGCACUGCAUUCAGAGUCCGGGGGCUCACAGUUGGUCACCGGUACAACUUCAGGGUCAUGGCUGAGAACCAGUUUGGAACCAGUGAUCCUGCAACCACUGCUGAACCUAUACUUGCCAAGCUUCCAUUUGACCCACCAGGUGCACCAGGAGCGCCACAUGCCGUGGACACAUCGCCCGACUCUAUCACCAUUGCAUGGAGCAAGCCACGAAAUGAUGGUGGCUCGCCAAUCACUGGUUACCUUGUUGAGAAGCGUAAAGUGGGUGAUACCAAGUGGAGCCGUGUCACACCAACACCUGUGCCCGACCUCACACACAAAGUACCAGGCCUGACUGAGAACCAGCAGUACGAAUUUCGCGUUUGUGCCGUCAACGCAGCUGGAGAGUCGCCCUGGAGCAAUGCUUCCGAGGGCAUUUAUGCAAGGCCUCCUCCUGCCGCGCCCAAGAUUGACAGUGGCUUCGCUAUGCGCGACAUUGUGGUCCUGGCUGGUGAGGAGUUUACAAUUCGAGUGCCAUACAGUGGCAGUCCAGCACCAGAGGCCUCCUGGACCAUUAACGGAAAUGCUGUGCUACCUGAUGAUAGAAUUCACACUGAAGUUAAUGUGGCAUUCACCGUGUUCCUCAAUAAGAAGGCAAAGCGUGAGGACAGUGGAAAGUACACACUGACACUGAAGAACCCACAAGGAUCAGACACAGCAUCAUGCAAGGUUCUUGUUGUUGACAAACCAGGCCCACCGCAAGGUCCACUGGAGGUAUCAGAUAUUACACCUGAAACCUGCUCGCUCUCAUGGCGACCUCCUCUGGAUGAUGGUGGUAGCCCUAUCACCAACUAUAUUGUUGAGAAACAGGAUCCAACCACCAAGAUUUGGACCAAGCUCUCUAGCUUUGUCCGUGGCUGCCACUAUGAUGUCAUUGGACUGGAACCAAACAAGAAGUACAAUUUCCGGGUCAGUGCAGAGAACCAGUAUGGUGUCAGUACUCCAUUGGAGACAGACCGUCCCAUAAUUGCCAAAUUCCCAUUCGAUGUGCCAAGCCCGCCAGGUCGUCCAGACAUUGUUGACUAUGAUGUGACCAGUGUGAGCCUGAGAUGGGAUCGUCCUGCAAGUGACGGUGGUUCCAAGAUUCAAGGCUACCAGGUUGAAUAUCGUGAGCCCAUUGAUGGCAAGUGGAGAAUUGCUAAUGAUGGCCUCGUCAAGGACACAUCCUAUACGGUUACUAGGCUAUUCGAGGGCAAGGACUACGAGUUCAGGGUAAAGGCCAAGAAUGCUGCUGGCUUCAGUGAACCCAGCGAGCCUACAGCAACGCUGCGACUAAAACCUAAAUUCACUGUCCCAUCACCCCCUCAGAAUGUCCAGGUGGUCAAAGUUGGAAAGAGCUACUGUGACCUCAAGUGGGACAAACCUAGAUCAGAUGGUGGCAGCCGUAUUACAGGUUACAUUGUGGAGCGACGUGAGGUUGGCAGUCCGUUCUGGUUCGUGUCCAAUGACUACACGAUCCUGGACUGUGACUACACGGACAUGAAACUUAAGGAGAACAAUGAGUACGAGUUCCGCGUGUAUGCCGUAAAUGCUGCUGGCAAGAGUGAGCCAUCCUUGUGCACCACCCCAGUAAAGGCAACAGAGUACAAAGAUGGCGUAAAGCCAGAGUUCGUGCGCCGACUCUUCAACAAGAAUGUCAGCCUUAAGAAGCAAGUCAUUCUUGAAUGUGAAGCCAUUGGAAAGCCUCCACCAACCGCAAGAUGGCUGAAGAAUGGUCGAGACAUUCGUGCUGGAACAAGAAUCCGAGCUGUUGAGAAGCCAGAGGAGGGUGUCUACCAGCUGAUAUUCAGCGAAAUUGAAGAUGGUGAUGAAGGAGAGUACACCUGCGAAAUUAGCAACCCUCUGGGCUCAGCAAGGUGUUCUGCAGACCUCAAGAUUGCUGCACCACCACGAAUUGAGCGCUGUCCGAAUGAAGUAUACGUCCCAGAGAAGGACAAUGGCAAAGUCAAGAUCUACUUCUCAGGCUCAACACCCAUGGAGGUAUCACUGUUCAAAGGAGGCCUUGAAGUGCCAGAGAGUGACCACCUCAAGUACACAAUGUUCGAUGACUACAUAAUUGUGUACCUGCGCGAGGCAGAAAAGCCUGAUGAGGGCAAGUACCAGCUCACUCUCAAGAAUGACAGUGGCACAGCAAGCGCCCAGUUCACACUCUAUGUCACUGGCUUGCCUGGGCCGCCUGUUGGACCUCUGGAAGUGUCUGACAUCACUCAGCACACUUGCAAACUGGUAUGGCACCCACCUAAGUACGAUGGUGGAUGCAAGAUUACCCACUACAUCGUGGAGCGCAGGGAAACUACUCACAACCAGUGGGUGGUCGCAAGCACCUAUUGUCGUGAUACAACACUGACAGUACAAGGUCUAACUGAGAAUGGAGAGUACCUCUUCAGAGUCAUGGCUGUCAAUGAAAAUGGCCAAAGUGCGCCACUGGAAGGAACGAACCCAAUCAUCGCAAAGUUGCCAUUUGAUCCACCAAAUGCGCCUGGCAUACCAGUGGUGACAGAGGUGGGAGGUGACUUUGUUAACCUGUCGUGGGAGAAACCAGAGUCCGAUGGCGGCUCACGCAUCUUGGGCUACUGGGUGGACAAGCGCGAAGUCGGCACCCAAGCCUGGCAGCGCGUCAACCCUGUGCACCUGUGCCUGCCAACACAAAUCAAUAUUCCCAACCUUAUUGAAGAUCGGCAGUACGAGUUCCGUGUGUUUGCCGUCAACGAGGCCGGCCAGAGUCCACCAUCCUCCAACUCCCAGCAAGUCAAGAUCAAGGACCCACACGCUGCAACGCCACCUGAGUUCAUCAUGCCACUCAAGACAGCCAUGGGCAUUGAGAACAAGAGUGCCCAGUUCCAGUGCAAGGUUACCGGCAACCCGUCCCCUGAAGUGACAUGGUACAAGGGCACACGCGAGCUGCACGAGAGUCUCAAGUACAGCAUCACGCGCGAAGGUGAACUGUGUACGCUCAUCAUCUCGGACAUCUUUGGGGAGGACGCCGAUGAGUAUGCAUGCCGUGCCGUCAACAAGGGCGGCGCCCGUACCACCCGUGCAGAGCUGCUCAUCAAGACGGCACCACACAUCAAUGUGCCACCUCGGUUCCGCGAACUGGCCUGCUUCGAGAAGGGCGAGAAUGUGGUUCUCAAGAUUCCUUUCACGGGCUUCCCGAAGCCGCGCAUCAAGUGGUUCAAGGAAGGCGAGGAGAUUGAGAGCGGCAGUCACUUUGACAUCCAGACUGGUGAGCGGCAUGCCAUCCUCACCAUCCGCGAUGUCAACAAGACCGACAGUGGACCAUACCGCUUGGUCGCGGAGAAUGAGCUUGGCAUGGACUCGGCCAUCAUCAAGGUCCAGAUCAGUGACAAACCCGAUCCACCAAGACACCCAGUGGUGGAGAACAUCAAUGACGACAAUUGCCUGCUGUCAUGGAAGCCACCACUGUGGGAUGGUGGAAGCCACGUCACAAACUACAUGAUUGAGAAACGAGAAAGCCCACUCACCACAUGGGUGCGCUGUGGCAACACGAGAUUUACAACUCACCAGAUCACUGGCUUGAACCCAUCCAAGGAGUACCAGUUCCGCGUUUACGCUGAAAACGUCUUUGGAAGGAGCGAACCUUGUGAACCCACGGCUCCCAUCAUGACCAAGCCUUCAAGGAAGGAAAAGAAGAAAGACUACAUGGUGGAUGAACACGGAAAGAAGAUCCGAGGAAAAUCUGAAGGCAAGAUCACAAACUAUGACCAAUUCGUGCAUGACUUUGACAAGUACAUUCCGCAACCAAUUGACAUUAAAACUUCCAGCGUGUAUGACUACUAUGACAUCCUUGAAGAGAUUGGAACGGGUGCCUUUGGGGUGGUGCAUCGCUGUCGAGAGAAGAAGACGGGCCACAUUUUUGCAGCCAAGUUCAUCCCUGUUUCCCAUCCUCUGGAGAAGUCAAUUAUCCGCAAAGAGAUAGACAUUAUGAAUCAGCUGCAUCACCCCAAACUCAUCCGCCUGCACGACGCAUUUGAAGAUGAUGACGAAAUGGUGCUCAUCUAUGAAUUCAUGUCUGGUGGAGAGCUGUUUGAACGUAUCACAGACGAGGACUACAAGAUGUCCGAGGCUGAAGUGAUCAACUACAUGCGCCAAAUUUGUGAAGGUGUCAAGCAUAUGCACGAAAAGAACAUAAUUCACCUUGACCUCAAGCCCGAAAAUAUUAUGUGCCAGACCAGGAAGAGCACAAAUGUCAAGCUUAUUGACUUUGGACUGGCCACUAAGCUUGAUCCAAAUGAGGUUGUCAAGAUAUCAACUGGCACUGCUGAGUUUGCGGCUCCUGAGAUCGUUGACCGCGAGCCAGUUGGCUUCUACACGGACAUGUGGGCAGUUGGCGUGCUGGCAUACGUCCUGUUGAGUGGUCUGUCACCAUUUGCAGGCGAGAAUGACGUCGAAACACUGAAAAAUGUCAAGGCCUGUGACUGGGACUUUGACGAUGAGGCAUUCGCAAAUGUUUCAGAGGAAGGCAAGGACUUCAUUCGCCGUCUGCUUACAAGGAACAAGGACAAGCGUAUGACAGCACAUGAAUGUCUGGAGCACGAUUGGCUCAAGGGUGAUAUCAAGGAGUCAGCAACCAUUCCAAUACCCAACAGCCGAUACAUCAAGUUCCGGGAUCAUAUCAGGGCCAAAUACGGCCAUUACUGGGACACAUGCACAGUUCCAAUUGGGCAUAUUUCAAACUAUAGCUCGUUACGAAAACUUCACGACAAAAAGUACAACAUCCACGACUUCUACUUCGAUCGAAGACAAGCAGCUCCACGCUUUGUCAUCAAACCAACAAGUGCAUUUGCCUUUGAAGGACAAAGUGCCAAGUUUUACUGCAGGGUUAUUGCUGCUGCACCUGCUACUAUCACAUGGUAUCGUGACAGCUGCGAGCUGCGGCAGAGCGUAAAGCAUAUGAAGCGUUAUGAGGGUGAUGACUACUACUUCAUUUUGAACCGCUGCCGCCUGGAUGACCGUGGCGAGUACAUUAUUCGUGCAGAGAACAGCUAUGGCUACAGGGAGGAGCCAGUCUUCCUGAACGUUCAAGCUAUGCCAAUCACGAUUCCAGAAGUUCGGCUAGAGGAACCUGUCAGACGGCGUAGAGAGCCCCUCAGGUACGAGCUGUGGGAGGAGCCUGCUGAUAGCGCUCCUUGCUUCACAUUCCACCUCCGACCACGUGUCAUCCAGACCAACCUUGGCGUCAAGCUGCUCUGCUGCCUGUCUGGAAAGCCACAUCCAGAGAUCAAAUGGUACAAGGAUGGCAAGGAGCUUAGCAAGUUUGACUACAACAUGACCCACGCGGAUGGUGUGGUGACGCUGGAGAUUUUAACUUGCAAGAAAGAGGAUGCCGGCAAGUAUGUCUGCAAGGCCAAAAAUGCUCUUGGAGAGGAUGAAACCAGCUGCUUCCUCAUCAUUGAAGACCGCCGCAAACUUCCUGAAGGCCAUUCCCCGACCGUGAUACACCAUCAUACAGGAGCCUCUCCUGCCUCGCCAACCCCUUACUCUGCCACACCCGCUUACUCUGGCUACGACUCCUCCUUGUCCUCGUAUGCACGAGCCUCUGACCUAGGACUGCACUCCAAGAGCGACUAUUUGCGCAAAUCCUCCAAAUUCGCAGAUACCCGAUCUGUGAAGAGCUCACGGGUCAGCGAUGUCUCGUCAUCCUAUUCUGCCAGGGACUACUCCUCUGCAAGCAAGCACCUGGCUAGCUCCGACUACAAGUCAAGCAGCUCAUACAAGUCUGACUAUAAAUCAGACUAUAAGUCUGACUUUAAGUCCAAGUAUGAUUACAAGUCAGACUACAAGUCUUCUUCCGCAGUAAAGUCUUCGUCUGACUACAAGUCUUCAUCAGAUUAUAGGUCUACAUCAGACUAUAAGUCGGACUACAAGUCCAAGUCCGACUACAAGUCUGACUUCAAGUCAUCUGAUUACAAGUCAAUGGACAAGAAGACAACUGACUACAAGGCCUCAGACUUGUCAUCUCUGACAAGGCGAGACUCUGCAAAGGACCGUGUUGCGAGCACACUAAGCUCUGCAGCUGCGAAACUGUCACCUCCACCUGAAGGUGGUGCCACCAAGCGUGUUCAGAAGCCCUAUGGUAAGAAGGAAGGAGCAGAAGGCACCAGCCCAUCUCGUUCUCGAACUGCAACACAAGAACUCAAACUUCCAGAUGAACCACCACCCAUGGUAGCGCCAUCUUUCAAGGUUGGCCUUCAGGACAUCAGCAUUAAGGACGGCGAACCCCUCUUGCUCAAAGCUGUUGUGGAUGGUGACCCUGAGCCGUCUGUGGAGUGGUUCAAGAAUGGCGAGACUCUGAAAUCCUCAGACAUCAUCAGUUUGAAGUACAAAAACCGUGAAGCCAGUCUUUCCAUUGGUGAAGUUUACCCUGAGGAUGAAGGAGAGUAUGUUUGUGUAGCAACCAAUGCAGAAGGCAAGGCGGAAACACGCAGCAAGCUCACUGUCUUACCAAUGGAGAAAGAGGAAGCAGAGUCAAAAGGCUUCGAUGGAAAGUCACCCAUAUUUGCUGAGCACCUCAAGAGCCAUGUUGUCAAGGAUGGCGAUGCAGUAACACUACAGUGUACAAUCAGAGGUUCCAACAAGUUUGAUGUCGUGUGGCUGCACAACGAAAAGGAGAUUAAGUCGAGCAAGGACUUCCAGUAUGUAACAGAGGGUGAUGUUUACAAACUUGUGAUUGCUGAAGUCUACCCCGAAGACAGUGGCACCUACACCUGUGAAGCUUUCAAUGACGUUGGGGAAGCAUUCAGCACCUGCACCCUGGAUGUCUUAGUUCCAGGUGAGCCACUCAUGGGACCUGGAUUCUCCAUAUAUCCAAGGUCAGCAACAUCGGCAGAAGGCCAGCCAGUUGUGUUCAAGUGCGUCACUGACAAAGAGGCUGUUGGAGUUCGGUGGCUGAAGGAUGGCGAUGCCCUGAAAGAGGGUGCCCACCACAAGAUUGCCCAAGAUGAUCGCACCUGCACGAUGACCAUCACACAGGCCACCGCAACUGAUGUGGGCCAAUACCAGGUUAUCGCUACAGAUGCUAGUGGAGAGAGCACUGCUAGCUUUGCCCUUAAUGUUGUCUCGGAGGCUGACCAGCCAUGAACAACGCAGGGUUGAGCAGGCACUCUCAAGGUGCAUCAUCUUGAACCUUUUGCAACGAAGUGUCUUCCUUCAACUCUCUCUCGCUGUCUUCUGCAACAGAAAAAAUGGCAGCAGGAUGGCAUCACAUGAAGCAGCAUUAUUUCUUCCAUUGUUGAUGGCCUUUUUCUUUCUUUGUUCAAGAGAAGCUCACUCAUACACCAGAAGGCGCGAAGCGUGCAGAUGCAUAGGGUAUGAUGAUGCCAUCCUGCAGCAAUGUAAAGUGCUGCCAUGUAACCAACGUCUUUCAGUUCAGCACUGCAGAGAGAUAAUGAAGCUACUACAAGCAAAUGAAUUUACUCUCACCUAGGUGUUUUUGGCUUGCUGUAACAUUUUUUUUCUUUUUCUCACGCAAUAUUUUCGUCUUUUUGGAGUGUUCUUUCUCCAACCUGUUGCUGUCUGAAACUCAGCUAUUUCUUUUCUCUCUUCGAAACUAAAAGCAACAUUAUAUCACGUACAGCAACAGUACUCUCUUGGGCAGCUAAACAUGUUUUGGCUUCUGCCAUAGCUUGCACAGCUCAUGCACCUCUAUCAAAAUUCAUGCAACGAAAAGUGCACAGUUUACUGUGAUCAUAAAAUCAUGCACUAAUACUUCAGAAGGUGGGGGCAGCUUCUGAAGAGUGCAGAGCUUGAGGCCGUGCAGAAGUGAAACCAAGUUUACCAAACAGCAAUUGUUUGUAGCCUGGACGUCAUUUUAUGAGCAUAUGUGAAUAAAAGAGAAGUCGGUGUAA